CAGACUGAAUCUGAAUCAGAAAGAGAGGAAGAAAGCUGGUGAAGGUUCACUGUUAUUUUCCUGCCACACAUAUAAAUAUCCUCUACAACCAAGAUUUAUCUUCUGCUUUUUGACUUUUUAGGGUGUUUCUUUUUGCUCGUGUACUUUGUGGAUUUUGUUGACCUUGGACCCCAGUGAAGUGAAGAGACAAUCCUGAUAUCCCUCUCGAGUUUUUGGGUGAGAUGACCGCAACUCUUACUGCUUGGACACCGACCAGAUCUACAUUUCAUUCGUUGUUCAAAUAACGUCAUCACCUGUGUGGAAUACUGUCUGCCUUUGACAUGGGGUUUGGAAAGAAGCAACUACUCCUUCUUGGAUUAACAUGUAUGCUCGGGAAAUGUUUCUCUGAUUGUGACCUGGGCUUCACCUCAGAAGGCAGAGAAUGUGUUGAUCUUGAUGAGUGCAAAGACCUAAGAUCAUGUGGGGAUCACACAAACUGCUCGAACACUUUGGGCAGCUUCUUCUGUCAGUGCGAGACUGGCUUUACGAACCUUGAAGGAGACGUUACGUUCACAGGGCUAAGUGGACAGUGCCAAGAUAAAAACGAGUGUACGGAUGAUGUCGGAAUCUGCGGCCGUACGGCCAAUUGCAUGAACCUGAUUGGGAGCUACAAGUGCACCUGCCUCCUUGGUUACAUCAACGCCAGCAGUACGCCAGGAGACUGCAGAGACAUAAAUGAAUGCGAGGCAGCUGAAAUCAACGAAGAGGACAUCUGUGGAGAGAAAGGCACGUGUAAGAACAUCAAUGGGAGUUACUGGUGCAAGUGUCCGAAAGGAUACACCAAUUACGGCACCAACAGCACGCCGUGUUCAGAGCUCGACUGUGACAGCUUCAGCGCUGAUAGUCGACCUGCAAAGGCGCUCGGAGGCUUGGCAAAUAUUUUGUCCAUGAUGAGGAACAGCUGCUUGGCUCUGUCUACUCAAAGUGCUGCUGGUGAAGCGACGGCUGAUGGAGAGGCGCUACUGGAGAAACUUUUCACAGCGACUGAGGCCAUCCUGUCCCCUGGUCAUCUGGACAGCGGUGAGGAUGUGAGCCUGUUGCUCAGUACAGUGGAAAACUCCAUUAGGUUAAUUGGUCCUCAGCUCAGAAACAACUACACCAAGAUAGAGACCACUGAGACAGAUGCAGAGAUUGCUGUUCAAAGGGGAAAAACACGACCCACUGGACCAAUCCAUUUGACCAAUGAGAACGCAACACUCAACACUGACUGGGAAACGGCGACGGGGACGGGAACAUACCCUGGCUUUGCUAUGGCUGCAUUGUUGAGCUACAAGAACCUGAAGAUCUCCGUCAACAGGUCUUUUGAGGAGCUCAAGGGACAUGAAAAAGAUGGCGUAGAUCCCUCCUUCCAGGUCGUCUCCAGAGUCGUUUCUGUCGUGGUCUCGAAUCCCUCUACUCAAAAUCUGAGCAGCUCUGUCAACAUCACACUCAAACAUCUCGAGGUCCCAGAGGAGUUCCCUGAGGUGAGAUACAUUUGUGCCUACUGGAAUGAGAGAGAGGCCUGGUCCACAGAUGGUUGCUAUGAACAGCACUCCAACGCCACACACACGGUGUGCAGAUGUGAACAUCUAAGCAGCUUCGCUGUGCUCGUGGCCCUGUACCCCGUAAAGGACACUUUCGGGCUCGACUUGGUGAACAAGAUCGGGCUGAUCGUCUCCAUAGUGUGUCUGAUGCUGAGCAUCCUGACAUUCAUGUUCUGCCGCUCCAUACAAGGGACGCGCACCACCAUCCACCUGCACCUCUGCAUCUGCCUCUUAUUUGCUGACAUCAUCUUUCUGGCUGGCAUUUCUCAAACUCAACCUGUGGGCGCCUGCCGGUUUGUUGCGGCGAUGCUCCAUUACUUCUUCUUGGCAGUCUUCACCUGGAUGUUGUUGGAAGGUGUGCAGCUCUACCGAAUGGUGGUCCUGGUGUUCAACGCCACCAUUCGCCCUCUCUACCUAUUUGUCUGGGGUUACGGGACGCCCCUUGUCAUCGUCAUUAUAUCUGCUACCAUCAGACCAGAGGGAUACGGCUCUGACCAGCUCUGCUGGCUGUCUCUGAAAGAUGGCCUCAUCUGGAGCUUCCUUGGCCCCGUGUGCUUCAUCAUCAUCGUCAAUGUCUUGUUCUUCACCAUCACUGUUUGGAAGCUCGCCCAGAAGUUCACCAGCCUCAACCCAGAGCUCUCCCAGCUACACAAAAUCAAAGCAUUCACAGUGACAGCUAUAGCCCAGAUGUGUAUACUGGGUCUGAUGUGGGUGUUUGGGGCCUUGCUGUUCCAGGAGGGCGCCACACAUACCGCAACCGUGGCGCCAUAUAUCUUCACUCUCCUGAACAGCAUACAGGGGGCGCUGGUGUUCAUCCUGCACUGCCUCCUGUCUAAACAGGUGAGAGAGGAGUACACACAUUUCCUCUCCUGCAUCUGCACGCCACAGAAGAAGAGAUACUCAGACUUCAGCAGCACCAAUCCCUCCAGUAGUCAGUCACGAGGUUCUGGAAAUGGGCGUAGCACCGGAGAAUCCCGGAUAUAAAGGGCUUGGUCUUUUAUUCCUCUCCAAGGAGAUAAUGCUAAGAGCUAAGUUAGCCCUGAUUUGAAGGAUUUUGAUAUGAAAUAAAAAUUCAGACAUUACUUAUUCACCUUAAUCUCAGUUUAAGCUCUGGUUUUGCUGUAAAACCAGUGUUUUUUAUCAACCUGAGUUGUGACAAAAAUGAACACACUAGGAAAAAAGACGGCGACAACAUUAAAGGAAUAGCCAAAUUGAGGACCAUCCUCAAGGUCCCUUUAAUUCUACUAGUCUCUGAACUGUACUGGAGGGAAGGACACAAUUCUUCCAAAAGAUAUCUUCUCAUUUGGUGUUUUGAUAAUAACGGUGAAGACACUGUCUAGGACGCUAGUCCAGAAUCUCCCACAGAUGUUUAAUUGCAAAGGCCAUGACAUAUGAAUCCAUAUGAUUCUCAAGCUCAUGAAACCAUUCAGUGACCCCCAUCAUGUCCUAUGGCUGGAGGCAUUGUCACCCUGUAUUUCCACUCAUAUCAUUUAGUUUGUCACAACAUGGUACACCAAAUCGUGUGUUUAUUUAUUUUUUCCAUUUUCUCACAUAUUACUUUUUUUUUCUUGUGGUACACCUGGGAGUUUUUAUCUGUUCAGGCCUCUAAAGUCACCAAGACAGAACCCCCUGCACCAGGGGGUCGCUCUAUGGCUCGGCUGUAAAUGGGUCAAGAGGCAAACAUGUUGGGCACCGCUGCUUUAAACACACAUCAAACUUGUAUCAGUAGUUACAUCCUACCGAAGUCAAUGGGCAAAGUUUUGAGCCCCUCGAAACCCACUAUUCUAAAUCUAACAGUAUAAGUAUCAUCAUAGAUAGAUAGAUAGAUAGAUGGAUAGAUAGAUAGAUAGAUAGAUAGAUAGAUAGAUAGAUAGAUAGGUACUCUAUUUAUCCCAAGCUGGGAAAUUCCGGUGUUACAGCAGCUGUUUUCACACACCACACUUUAAAUAUAUACACAAUAUAUACAAAAACAUAUAGAAAAAGGAUAAUAGAUAUAAAGUAUUAAUAGUAGGAAUAGUGCAGUAGUACAGUCAGUUACCAGUAGCGUGCAGAGGAACAUGGUAACAUGAAGGUGCAAAUGUGCCGUGAUUUUUGUUUUAGUUUAGUUUAAACAGAGUCCAGAGUCUAUCUGUCAGAUUUCCUGUAACGGUCUUUGUGACAGCGAGGCUCAAUGAGUCUAUUGGAGAAGGAGCUCCGCUGCCUGUCCAGUGUGUGGUGGAGAGGACGGGCAGGGUUUAUCCAUGAUAGAUAACGGUUUGUUCAUUGUCCUUCUCUCCAACACACCUUCAACAGUGUGCAACACAAAGUCUGGCAUUUAUUCCUCAUUAUAUUACCCAUUUUCCCCGCUGAUAAUUUUGCAUUGAUAAUGACUGAACUUUUAUUUUUGGUAUAAGUUUUUGCUUUAAAUGUUGUUAGUGUUACAGUAGGCAAAAAGUAAACCGACUCCGAGAAGGGUUUAUUCAGGAACUCUAUAAGUAAAAGUAAAAUAUUGUAGUAGCUUAUCGGUUCAGCCAGAACAUAUCACUGUUUUAAUACAGGCUGUAUUCCCAUUGGAGUGGUCCAAAGUGACACUGAUGUAGAUGUAUUUAUUUCCAAGUGCAGACUAUGAAGUGUACAUUAUGUAGGCUACAAGAAAAUAUGUUUAAAGCUUGAGCAUGCAGUUUGCACUGUAUUUUAUAUGAAGACUUUAUGUAAAAAAAAAGAAGAAAAAAAGAAGGGUGGCUGAGCUUUUUUGUAAUGGGAGCUUCACAGAAAAUAUGUGUUUCCAUGUACUGUAUUUAACAAUAUGCUGUAAUGGUGAGAAACGACUGACUGACAUUAAGUGCCUCUGAUGGUCCUUCAUAUUCCUUCUGCGAGGAGUAUGCAGAAUGUCUGUUGUUUCUGGAUUUUAAACAAAAUAAGUGAUGCUUUUUAAAAGCACUUGUGGCUUUUACUUUUUGAUGGUCUAUCUUGGCUUGCAGUUGAGCUGUGCCUUUUUCCAUUGGUGUCUUCAGACGUGAAGCUUUUUAAAUUCUUGAAAUUGUGAACAGAGAAAACAAAUCUAGUCCAAAAUAACUGCUUGGACAAUUCACAAAAACAAGACCCACCCCUCUGAUAAGCCUGCAGCUUCCUGCAAUCAAAUUGUUUAUGGAAUAAAAUGUUCUUGUUAUAAUAAUGAGCCUGUCAGUGACUGUAAGAUCUCACUGAAAUGAGAACUUCAACUAUUUUGAGGUUGAGUUGUACAAAUGGGAGUUUUAUUAUUAGUUUUCUUAUUCUAUUGCACUUUUUCUCUGUCAAAAUGAUCGUCCAGCACAUCUUCCCUCACAUGGUGCAUGGAAUAACCCAGUCUCACUUACAGAACUACAACAGAUUCAAUUUUGUAAUAAAGCCAUCAGUUUUAUUUAAAUUAUUACAUAUCCUACUAUGUAGAAAUUGAUCGGAUCAUCUAAAAGACAUUGAUCUUUAGAAUGUAUUUUUGAUAUUUUAUAUUUCAAAUGAGUCUUUUUAUGUGAUUGGUAUCAUCCUAUACUGUCUGUUUAUAUCUAAAUUGUUUUCCCCCUUUCGUGUUAAGACCUUGGUUAACAUCCCUUCUAUGUAGAUUGGAACUAUACCGUUAUUUGGUUCUGAAGUGUGACUGGUAACGGUAUCAUGACCAUCGAUAUCGAUUAUUCAUGCAGUGCAAAAAAAAUUUGUAUGUGAAAAAGCUAAUACAUGCAAUGUGCAGCAUGUUGUGAAUGUAUGAAUGUAAGAAUAUUAUUGUUAGAAUUAACUAUAUAUGUUCCAGUUUGACCAUAUAUGAACCUAUUUUUCUACUGUGUUUAGUUUUGGUUAUGUUUUCUUUAAAAAAUGCAGCAGGAAUUUCAUUAAAAAAAUCGACUUCUUCUUCA